AAAGAUUCCAAGGAGUUUUUGGGCACUCGCAACAUCAUAAUGGCACCUCCACGGUUAGAGUGUCUCAAUUCCAUGAGGACAGUCUGUCGAGAGGUUCCGGGCCUCAAAGCGAGCUUCUCGACGUCUCGUUCUUUCCGCGCUGGUGAGCAAAAUAUCUCUUCCCCCGAACAGCACAGUUUGUAACGAUUCCUAGACGGACCGCCGACACCCUCCUCCCAUUUCGAUGACAUCGAUAGUCUCGGCUCUUCGGAAUCUCCAGCUGCCCAGAUUCUAAGUGCUCUGCGCCGACCAGUCAGCGAAACAACCAUCCUCCCGAGACGACCGAGUACCCGCCUUGGUGAACAUACACCAAAGUCUGGAAAUGUCCAUUCUACACAGCGCCUUUCGAAGCUUCUUAAUGAUUCCAUCAAUUUGAAAAAAGAGCGGACUCGUCGGGAAUCUAUGACACUAGCGCCCAGAGACUCGAGUUCUGGGGAAUCGACUACUACGCCUACCACGGAGGAAGAAUUGAAACUGCACUCCUUGAAGUCUAAUUUAACCAGAUGGAUUACGAGACGUUUUAAAGAGGGAGAUGUGUAUUCGCCUCAUGACUUGAGUUGGGUGGAGAUGAGCAAGUGGAGGAGGAGAGGACGGCCAGCCCAAGAUGCUUUUGAUGCGCUGGAUUUGAACCCUUUGGACCAUUAUAGAGUAUUUUCGCCUUUUAGUCUGGACCAUGGCAGACGACGCUAAUAAUGAACAGAAUUUCUCUAUGGUUUCCGAAUACAUGACGGCUAUGGGAAGGAUUAAGCAUUCAAAAGAUACUGGGCUGAGACCUGUAAACCAGAGGCGGAUCGCGAGAACUAUCAGGAGGGCAAUUGGGAUGGGACUUACUCCUAGUGUGCAUAGACACCCGGAGAUUUUGCAGAAGAUCCUUGCGAAGAAGCCUAUUACUUUAAGAUGAUUUCAGUAAGCUUCCUCUGAGUAGGAGAAAAGCGACUGUAUUAUGUAUGUUAUUCAUGUACAAAAGGUAUAGGUGAAUGGAAAUAGAUCAUGUUAUUGCAACAAUUCUGCGAGUGUUCUUGAGCUUUUAUUCAUCAUGCUAUACAAUCUAAUAGAGCUAAAUUCAAGAUAUAUAUCCACCAUCUAUUUCCUAUCCCCUACAGUAGUGAGUAUAGCGUCUUGACAAUUUGUUGACCUCGGGAGAACCUCGGUACAUGCUUUACAUAUCUAUUUCAGCCUUGCGCAGUAACCAAAUGGAAACUUUCAAACUCCCUUCGAGAAUACACACCAAAUUCAACGACCCCCUACACCGCAAUCAUGUCGGGUAGACGUGACUUUCUCAACCAGCCGGCGCCAGAAAAUUACGUUGCAGGUCUCGGUCGUGGUGCUACUGGAUUCACAACGCGAUCCGAUUUGGGUCCUGCGAGAGAGGGACCCAGCGAGGACCAAAUCAAAGAAGCGCUCGCAAAACGAGCAGCACAACUUGGAGCGGCAGCGCCAACUGCCUACGGGGCUACAGAAAAGAAAGAUGAUGACGAGGAUGACUCAAGAUUUCAAGAUCCAGAGAACGAAGUGGGUUUGUUUGCUGGAGGCGCAUUCGACAAAGAUGACGAUGAAGCAGACAGAAUUUACCAAGAGGUAGAUGAGAAGAUGGAUAGGCGGCGGAAGGUCAGAAGGUUGGUCUCUCCAUUUUCAUAUUUCUACUCCCCAUGUUCUCGAGUCACAAAUGGUUUAUCAUUUUUGCGAAUAGAUGAACAGAUUACCGACGUUUCUACCUACAGGGAAGCACGAGAACAGGCCGAACGAGAGCAGUACGAGCGCGAUAAUCCAAAGGUCCAGCAGCAAUUUGCAGAUUUAAAACGCGCCCUUUCAACAGUCAGCGAUCAGGAAUGGGCCGAAUUACCUGAAGUGGGAGAUCUGACAGGAAAGAACCGGAGAAGCAAGCAGGCGUUAAGACAGAGGUUUUAUGCCGUCCCGGAUAGUGUUAUUGCUGGUGCUAGGGACUCGACUGAGCUAGGGACAACAGUUGCGGAUGAUGGAAACCCGGGAGAUAACCAGGACGGAACUAUGACCAACUUCGCGGAUAUUGGUGCUGCCAGAGACAAAGUUUUACAAGUCAGAUUGGACCAGGCUUCUCAGGGCAGUGGAACCGAUUCGGUUGCCGGUAGCUCGACAAAUAUCGAUCCCAAAGGAUACCUGACAAGUCUAGCUAAAUCACAAAUCGGUGAUGGUGCAGAACAGGUUGGAGAUAUUAAAAGAGUGCGAGUUCUGCUAGAAUCGGUUAUUAGAACAAAUCCCAAGCAUGCUCCUGGCUGGAUUGCUGCUGCAAGAUUGGAAGAAUUGGCCGGGAAGACUGUAGCAGCUCGAAAUGUCAUUGCUCGAGGAUGUGAGUUUUGUCCGAAGAGCGAAGAUGUUUGGCUUGAGAAUAUCCAUCUCAAUGACAACCACAAUGCAAAGAUUAUUGCUGCCAACGCAAUAAAGAAAAACGAUCGAUCCGUGCAGUUGUGGGUUGCAGCUAUGGAACUUGAGACAGAAUCUCGUGCAAAGAAAUCAGUCAUUCGAAAGGCCCUAGACCAUAUUCCACAAUCAGUAAUGCUAUGGAAGGAGGCGGUUAAUUUGGAGGAGGACCCCGCAGACGCGCGACUUCUUUUGGCAAAAGCAACAGAAAUUAUACCUCUUUCUGUAGAACUCUGGCUUGCACUUGCGAGGCUGGAGACCUCCGAAAAUGCGCAAAAAGUACUGAACAAAGCCCGAAAAGCAAUUCCAACAUCGCAUGAAAUUUGGAUAGCAGCUGCUCGGCUCCAGGAGCAGAUGGGAGGAAAUGCCGCUAAGGUUAACGUCAUGAAGCGUGCAGUCACCGCUCUGGCGGAAAAAUCUGCUAUGUUGAAGCGUGAAGAGUGGAUUACGGAGGCUGAAAAGUGCGAAGAAGAGGGUGCAAUUUUGACCUGUGGUGCAAUCAUUAGGGAGACUUUGGGAUGGAGCUUGGAUGAGGACGACGACCGAAAAGAAAUUUGGAUGGAAGAUGCAAAGUCGAGCAUCGGACGAGGCAAAUACGAAACUGCUCGUGCGAUGUAUGCUUAUGCGCUUCGAGUCUUCGUCAACAGCAGAAAAUUGUGGCUUGCUGCUGCCGAUUUGGAGAAAAAUCAUGGAACGAAAGAAGCCCUGUGGCAGCUCCUCGAGAAGGCAGUUGAAGCUUGUCCUCAGAGUGAAGUGUUAUGGAUGAUGUUGGCAAAGGAAAAGUGGCAAGCUGGAGAAAUCGAUAAUGCGAGAAGGGUCCUGGGUCGGGCCUUUAACCAAAACCCAAAUAAUGAAGAUAUCUGGCUUGCUGCCGUAAAGCUGGAGGCCGAGAAUAAUCAACCAGAGCAGGCGAGAGAGUUACUGAAAACAGCAAGACAAGAAGCGCCUACCGACCGUGUAUGGAUGAAGAGCGUGGCCUUCGAGCGUCAAUCUGGAGACAUCGAAGCCGCAUUGGAUCUGGUUAAUCAAGCAUUGCAACUAUUUCCAAGUGCCGCGAAGCUAUGGAUGAUGAAAGGCCAAAUCUAUGAUGGAGAAGGAAAGGCGCCACAGGCUCGUGAUGCAUACAGCACAGGCACAAAAGCAUGCCCUAAAUCAGUGCCAUUAUGGCUACUCUACUCUCGCCUCGAAGAGAGAGUAGGCUCAAUCGUCAAGGCUCGUGGUGUAUUAGAUCGUGCCCGAUUGGCAAUCCCCAAAUCUCCGGAAUUAUGGACCGAAUCCGUCCGUAUUGAGAGGCGUGCAAACAACAUUUCACAAGCCAAAGUUCUCAUGGCAAAAGCUUUGCAGGAAGUCCCUAAUAGCGGUUUACUAUAUUCUGAGUCCAUUUGGUAUCUAGAGCCACGAACCCAGCGAAAACCCCGUGCACUGGAAGCGAUCAAGAAAGUCGACAAUGAUCCUCUACUGUUUGUCACCAUCGCUCGAAUAUUCUGGGGCGAGAGAAGACUUGAGAAGGCGCAGAAUUGGUUCGAGAAGGCAAUUAUCUUAGACAGUGACUUGGGUGAUACGUGGGCUUGGUACUACAAGUUCUUAUUGCAGCAUGGCACAGAUGUAAGUGAAAUCGAAUCGUACGAUACAACUAAAUCUAACAUUCAUCCACAGGAAAAACGAGCAGACGUCGUGUCAAAAUGUAUCACGAGCGAACCUCGCCAUGGCGAACACUGGCAGGCGGUUGCAAAAGAUCCCAAGAAUGCUAAGAUAUCGAUAGAAGAUAUUCUCAAGAUCGUUGUGGGGAGAUUGGAUUAAGCCGAGGCUUCUAAUUAGGGCUUUGCCAUGUGUAAGAUAGGAAAAUAGGUGUAUAGCCUCUACAUAUCUGAUCAACAGAUCGUGAGAACGAAUGAAAUGACAACUGAUUUCUUACCCAA